AUGUUGAAGGAAGAGCUUGAAUCAAACACGAGAAAUGGUGAUAACUCGCACACGACUACACCGGACUCAGGAAGUAACGACGUGGCCAAAGAGUCGUAUCAGAAGAUCGCGAUAGAAGAAAGAUUGGCAAGCAAAAUGUUUUCAUACGCUAGAAAAAUUAUUCGAUUUUUCCUUGCGAUUAUCUUUACGACUCUAGCUGCUCUACAUAGUUCUUCUCCCAAAGUAUCAAAACCUCCAUUAGCUAAACCAUUUUUUAAUCAAAGCUCAGUUGUCUUAGAUUUUUAUAAAGGACAUUUAGGAGCUAUGAUAGAAAGAGUUACAGAAGCAGAUUUCAGUUUUGUUAUGUAUUAUGCUCCAUGGGAUGCUGAAAGUCAAACUAUACGACAAGAAUUUGAAAUGGUUGCUCAAUAUUAUCAUUCACAGAUUUUUUUUGCUGCCAUUAAUUGUUGGCAUCCGAGCUCAGAAUGUAGAGCUCAAUAUAAUAAAAUACAAAGUUAUCCAGUAUUAAUGCUUUAUCCUUCAAGAGAUUCUGGUAUAGAAUAUAGAGGUAUACGUACAUGGCCAUAUAUGAUAAAAUUUCUUAAUACAAUUAUGAAUCCCAUUAUUAGAGUAACAGAUAAAGAACAAUUAAUGAAUUUGCGUGUUAAUUAUGAUGCUGUAGUAGUAGGAUAUUUUAAUUUUACUCGAUUAGAUAAAACUCCAGGUUAUAAAGAAUUUUAUAAAGCUGCUCUACGAACAUUAGAAGAGGAUCCUAAUAGAGAACUGGUUUUUGCCAUUGUUACUAAUGCAUUAUCUAGUGAAAUAGAUUAUAAUAUUUAUAAAUUUCCAUCUGCAAAUCUAUUCAUGUGGAGUGAUUCUUUAAGGUAUCCAGAAGAUUCUGAAUGGACUUCCGAAAACAUAUUAAAUUGGAUAAGCAGUUCUAUUCAUCAACCAGUUCUGUGGCUGCAACCUCCUGGAGUAAAAGCACUAACAUUAGCACCAUAUUUGAGAGAAGGACCUGUACUUUUUCUCUUCACACCUCGUAAUCCUUUGCAUCCUGAAAAUUAUAAUUACAAUCUGAUCAGAGAAAUUGGACUGCAGUAUUAUAAUUGCGCAGAUAAUAUCUUAGCUAAAGAGAUAAUUGAACGUCUUAGUUUUAAACGACGUGUUGCUAUUGCAAAACAUUUGGAGCGAAAUAAACAAUGUGCAAAAUAUUUGAAAGAAAUGAAAAAUCAAACAAAUGAAUCCACCAACAAUAUUUCGAUUCAAAAAUGGAUUAAUGAUAGUUGUUGUGUUAAUGUCAUAAUGAAUAAAUGUUUUUUGUGUAAAAAGAAAAUAUUAGAUAAUGCAGAAAUGGAAACAUCUAUUUGUAAACUUACUUCUAAAAAACUUAAUCAUGUUUGUAAAAGUUCAGAUAUUUUUAAAUUUUUAGUUAUGCAAAAUUUACAACAAAAACGUGAAAUUUGUUGUAAUCAAAAUCAUAUAACGGUAAAAUAUGAAGAAAGAUUUAAAACCAAAAGUCAAAAGUACAAAAUAUCGGCAUUUAUCACAAAAGAAGAGGACGUACAAUCUGCGGAUGCAAUAAAAGAAGCACACUUAAAAUUCAACUGUAAAAAAUGGAUAACUGGAAACAAAUAUCAUCAACCUAUAUUUCCGCGAGAUAAACUUGAACAUCCGAAUAUAAAUUUAACGAAAUCAGUAUGUAAAACUAACAAAACAUUAACAUUAAUAGCAAUUGAUAGUUUACAUUAUUAUUAUUUCGCGGAAGCUCUUGGCAUAGAUCUUUUAAAAAAGAAGGAUAAAACUGCUAUUGUUAUAUUAGAUGUUGCUCAUGAAAGUCAAUAUGUCAUGCAGGAGGAUUUUAGUCGAUAUACACUUAUACAAUUUAUAAAUAAUUAUACCCAAGCUUUUUUACAACGUACAUUACGUUCUAAUAAUUCGAGACGUUUUGUUCAAAAGUUUAAGUCCAAAAUUAAUUGUAAAACAAAAGAUGUACAAAAUGUGUGCAUACCAGAAUUAACAACUGAAACUUUCCUUAAUACUAUUUUAGAUUCAACAAAGGAUGUGGUUGUAAUGUACCAUUCUCCUUAUUGUGCAUUUUGUAGUGCAAUAUUUUAUGUAUAUUUGACAGUAGCUCAUUAUUUACAUAAAAUGGAUCAUCUUUUAUUCGUAAGAGUAGAUGGUGAUAAUAAUGAUUUACCAUGGGAAUAUAACAUGAAUCGAUUCCCGUCUAUUCUUUUCUUUCCUGCUAAAAGAAAAGAGGAUAGUACGGUAUAUCCGUUUUCUCUGCCAAUUACUAUUCCGAAUCUUAUAAAUUUUAUCUUAGCGAAUUUGGAUGGAGAUUCGCAUAUUGAAGCGCUUAUAAAUAUUUGUCAAUCUGGAGCCGCUGGUGUGAUUCCAGAUGCAUGCAUCGCUCGAACUCGUUGGCUGUGUUUAGAUAUUAUUCAACAACUACUUCGAGAUUAUCGAAAAUUAAUAAGGCAUAUUAGUCUAUUAGGAAGAAUAAGUGCUAGAAAUAAAAAAAAAAUUAUUUUACUAAAAUUGGCACACAUUAAAGAUAUACAUUUAAUAUUAGGUUCUACUAUUGAUCUCAAAGAGGAGCAACAUAAAGUAAAACUAAUUAGAAAAAAAUAUAGAAAAUAUUAUAAAAAUAUUAGAUCAUUUGAAUUAGAUAGCAAAAUAAAUAGUAAUAAUAGUCAAGUAGAAAAUCUUUUUCAAGAACAAAAUGUUUUUGAGAAAAAUAUUAAAAACGAAUUGUGAUAUCGAUUUACAGAUAGAUAUAUUACAAUGAAUAUUAUUUUAUUUAAAUUCUUUUAUGACAUUGUACUAAAUGUACAAUACAUACCUCAGAAAUCAUUUUAUUUUACAAAUGUAAAAUAUAUUCAGUUGAAUUAUAUAUAUCAUAUACAAAUAAGUAUCAUAAUUUAUAAAGAAAUAUUCUGUAAUAUAUACUUGCAAAAAUAACAAAAAUAUUUAAAUGACUUUAAUACAAGACAUUCCCUAUCAAAUGGUGCAAAAAAUUAUAACAUCAUAUACAAUUUUUAUCAUAUUCUUGUAAAAAAUGUACAUUCAUAAUUUUUUAUUUAAAUUUUUAUAACAAUUUUGCAAGAAAAAAAUAUUUAUACCUGCUAUUCAAGUAAAGAUAGUAAGUCAUUGAUAAGACUAUUUUUUUUCAAUGCAUCAUGGUUAUAGAGGGAGUGUACAUACAGAAUUACUCAUCUUUAAUUAAUAUUCAUGAUGUUUAAUACUGCAACUGAGAAAUAAAAAUAGUACUAUUAAAAAUAUUAAAAAAAGAAAAAAAAGAAAUGAUAUAUGCUGCAAACUUUAUUUUUAAAAUUUAUUUUAAAACUAUAAGAUUUAGAAAAAAUUAAAUUAAGUUUUAGCUCUCUAAAGUAUGUGUAUGUGUUUAAAAAUGUUUAAAAAUGUAAAAAAGAGAGAGAAAGAAAAAGAUAAUUUAAUUCUUCAUCUGAUAUAUGUGAUUUGCUCAUACAUUUAAAAAAAAUGUGUGUUGUACAUUAGUGUAAAUAUUGUUAUAUGCAAUAAUAAUAAUAAAAAUAUAUGUUGAUACAUAUAUAAAGAUAUAAAUUAAUUAAAAAAAAUAGAAAAAUUGAUUGUUUUUUAAAAUUGUAAUCCUUUAGAAAAUUUAUUAUAUUUUUACAUUAUAUUUAUCAAAAUGAAUUCGUAACAUAAAACUUAGAAUCUAUUGAUUGCCGUAUCACAACCUUAUAUGUACGAAGAUCGGAUUAGAGAUGUGAUAAAAUAGCGUGGGCCGAAAGUGGUCGAUGGAUCGCGUAAUCUUGCGUUAGUCAUUCUCCCCGUUUGCCUGAUUUAUUUAUGGGUUGGGCUACUUAUUCGAUGUAAUGAAAUUCCUAGUAAAAUGACACGUGAUAAGAAACUCGUUUCUUCUAUCGAUUUAAUUACUGAUCUUUGAUCAAUGACAAUAUAUGGCAUUGAAAGAAUUGUCAAUUAUUUCCACCAUAAAUAAAAUAAUUUAACAUUGAUUAAAUUUUUUACUAAUGAUAUCUUUUUUGAAAAUUAAUUUUUGAAUUUUUUAUAAAAAAAAACAAGAAGAUAUAUAUAUAAAUAUUAUAUUAUAACAAUUUUAUUAGAUUAUUUAUUAUUUUUAGUUUUGAUUAUAACCAUUCUUAGUUAUCAUAUAUUAUAUAUUUCUGUAUUAAAAAUUUACAAUUUUACAAUACAAUUUUUUACAAAGUGCACAAAAAAACAAUAAAAAAAAUAUUUGUUGCAUAAAAAAAGAAAACAAUCUAAAAAUUAGAAUAAAUAUCAAUUGUUAGGAUAAAAGAAGUUAAAAUAAUGCCAAAAAGGUAAUAGAAUUAAUGAAUUAUAUAAUAUAAAUAAUAAUAAUUAUAUAUUUAUACUUAUUCUUUAUAUAUUAAUUAUAUAUUUCAAAAAAUUUAAAUUAUAAACUGCCAUGUAAAAAUCAGAUAGUCCAAACGAAAAAAGACAGAAGAUGGCGUAGCAUUUGAUUGUGAACCCGAUUCUUCACUAAUCUUGAAGAUAGAAAUGAUUAUCAACGCCUCCUAGUGAGCAGGAUUGUAAAAAGAAAGUUGAAGAAACAUUCAUUUCUUUAUAGUCUCCACUCUAUAUACAAGUAUAACUGUAUGACCGUGUGUACUGUGCCGCUGACAAUGAGCCGCGGCGGUGACUGUGAUAAGUGAUCGCGUACCCUUCCUCGUCGCUAAACGCGUAGUGGCAGUGGAGAAAGAUAGUACGUCGACCAAGAAAAGAGUCUACCUCUUGAUGACUCGCGCUUUACGCAAGGCGCAACGUAGCCGGAGCUCACAAUUAUGUUCGAUGUACCGCCCAAGUUCUACGAGCUGUGUCGCCUUUGUUUAUCGUCGGACGGUGUCAAAUUGUCCAUAUUCGAAGAGGAAGGCGCCCAGCGAAACUUCGCCGAUAAGAUAUUAACGUGCCUCUCGAUUACGGU